CUUGCAGCGACAUCUCUGUGUCAGGAAGAGCAAGGACAGUUGCAUUGAUUUCCAUGAGCUAGUCUCGCCUUGUUGGGAUGGAGAAGGAGGCAAGCCAGCUCGAGAGGGACCACGUCCACAGUGUGUAUGAGAAAGUUGCUCCUUACUUCAAUGAUGCACGCUACAAGGCAUGGCCCAAGGUGCAGCAGUUCAUUUCAGAACAGGAACCAGGCAGUCUCAUUGCUGACAUUGGCUGUGGAAAUGGCAAAUACCUUCACAUCAAUUCUCAAGUCUAUAAACUGGGUUGCGAUUACUGUUUCCCGUUGGUGGAAUCUGCACGAAAUGAAGGCCAUGAGGUGAUGGUGUGUCACAGCCUGUGUCUGCCAUACCGAAGUGAGUGCUUUGAUGCCGUCUUAUCCAUUGCUGUCAUUCACCACUUUUCCACGGAAGAGAGGCGCACGCGAGCCAUAAGGGAGAUGGCUCGCAUCUUGAGAGUAGGAGGCCAGAUAAUGAUAUACGUGUGGGCAAUGGAGCAAAAACGGAGGAGAUUCGAAAAGCAGGACGUCUUUGUGCCGUGGAACCCUUCACCUCCCUCCUGCUCCUUGGGUGAUCCCUGUUCCCCUGGAAUACAAAAAUCCAUUCUUCACAAGGACAAAAAGCUGGCUUUGCACCAGUGCUGCUGUAACUUGGAUGACACUUUGGAGGGGUGCAGGAAAAACAGAAGUUCUUCCUGUGGAGGCAGGGGGAAAACUCUGUGCUCAGUGCUGGAUAAAUCGCUGAGAUGGUCUCUGUUCUCGAGAUCGCUUGACUCAGUAUUAGACUUGGGUAAUCAGCGGCACCGAGAAGAGCUCAUUAGGUAUCGCAAUUACAGUGCUCAGCUGAAUGAAUUAAACAGAAAAAAGAGAACUGAAAAAAACAGGGAGUGGGGCUUUCUGAAACAUGUUUCCAACUUUUUUCUACACUGCAAACAGAGUUUUGAAAAUACAACAGCUCUUGAAGUGGCUGUUAAACCUAUGCUGCCCAUGUCCCAUGGCACCAAGGCGGUCAGAAGUCGCUGCUCAGAACUAGGCCAAGAGACUCUACAGCUCCCGGUGGCUGCAGAGAGCAUUCACAAUGGCAGCACGGAGUGCUUACCUGACCUCAUUUCACAUCAGAAGGAAUUAGCUGUUGGACAGCGACUCAAACGAGAUCAUCACCCAAAACAGGGAGCUUGGUGCGAACCUCCCAGCAAGGCCGGCGCAGGCCGCGCUCCACAGAAAGCCCUCGACGAGAGCGCCCCGCGCAGCCGGGGCCGGCCGGGGCCCAGCGGGGCCUGCCUGCGCUACUACCACGUUUUUAAAGAAGGGGAGUUGGUUGAACUGAUAGAACGUCAUAUCCCGGAGCUGCACGUUAUUGAUUCCUACUUUGACCAUGCAAACUGGUGUGUGAUUGCAGAAAAGACAGAAGUGUGGAAGAUCUAGGGGAACUUUGCCACUGAAAGGCGCAGA